AAAAAUUCAAGGCAUUGACAUCAUUAACUCAUUUGACAAAAGUGAUCAUUUUUCCCCCUUUCCACCACCCACUAUUGAUAUUUUCCAUUUCUUUUUUCUUUUUUAACUUUCUUUCUAAUGCUAGUGGUUGUCUCCCUCUUGUUUACCUUUUCUUAUUCAUAAACUCACAUUGAAACUUUGAAGCAUGUUAGCAGCUAAACACUUCAAAGGGUAGUUAAAAACUUUGUAGUUCAUGGGGAUGAGAAAUGGAGGAUAAUAAUAAUAAUAAUAACAAAGCAGAGAAGCAGCAAGAUGAUAGUAGCCACCACCCAUCUCUCCUCCUUCCUAAACCUAAUCAUAGCACCAUCAACAACAUCAAGGAGGAUCAUCAUCAGUCUCCAAGAAAAUUAGCCAUUGGUGGUGGUGGCGGUGGCAGUGGUGAUAGGCUGAAGAGAGAUGAGUGGAGUGAAGGAGCUGUGACAACCCUUCUUGAGGCCUAUGAGGCCAAAUGGGUGCACAGAAACAGAGCCAAACUCAAAGGCCAUGACUGGGAAGAUGUUGCAAAACAUGUCUCAGCAAGAGCAAACUCCACCAAGUCACCAAAGACUCAGACACAGUGCAAGAACAAGAUUGAGUCCAUGAAGAAAAGGUACAGAUCAGAGUCUGCCACCACUGCUGAUGCCUCAUCUUGGCCUUUGUAUUCUCGCCUCGACGUUCUGCUCCGCGGGACGGGACUGAUAUCUUCUUCGCUGCCACCACCAAUAGCAGCAACAGCGAUAGCAGCACCAUCUCAAUCACCACAUGCUACUAUAAAUAAUAACCAGGCUUUGGUGUUGUUGGAGCCACCUUCACUGGCUGUGUUACAAGCACCUCCUUCUGUUGCUCCUCCACCAAUUGCAAUUGCACAAAACUCACAUGGACCCAAUGGUGUUGAAAGACUACUAGCCAAGGAAGAUGGGAUAGGAGCCAAGUCAUCUGAGCAAGUAUCUAACAAGAAUCCAAUGGACUCGGAUAGUAGCACACCUGCUCUUUACAGUAAAAAAGACAAGGUGAGAUGCAACAAGAGGAAGAUGAAAAGUGAGAACAACAACAAGAGGAGAAGGAAUAAUAAUAAUAAUAAUGAAGACGUGGAAAUAGCAAAGAGCAUCAGGUGGCUUGCAGAAGUGGUGGUGAGAUCAGAACAAACAAGAAUGGACACAAUGAAAGAGAUUGAGAGGAUGAGAGUUGAAGCUGAGGCAAAGAGAGGGGAGAUGGAGCUUAAGAGAACUGAAAUCAUUGCCAAUACCCAACUAGAGAUUGCUAGGAUCUUUGCAAGUGUCAAUAAAGGUGUUGAUUCUUCACUGAGAAUUGGAAGAAGUUAAGGGUAUAUUAUGGAAGGUGAUCACAUGUUUGAAUGUGUACAAAUUUUAUAAUCAACAAAAUAUAGAUUGAAGGAGAGGGAGAAUUGUAACAACUAUGUAAUUCGCCUAACCAGUGAAAGAGAGCACCAUAUAUACGGUAGAGAUAAUAAUUAUCUCUCCUAACUUUAAUUUUAGACUUUUAAUUUUAACCUUCUCUUUCAUUAAUUAUAAGAAAUGAAGGGAUACUUCUUCUAUUG